AUGGAUGAACAACAUCAUAAAAAGAUCUUUGUUGUUCUUCAUCAAGUGGUGGUGAUGGUGGUGCUGGUGGGACCAAGUAGUUGUGUUAAAGGAGGAGAAGAAGAAGAUAGGAUCUUGGAACUUCCUGGUCAACCAAAGGUGUCUUUUCAACAGUUUUCUGGCUAUGUUACUGUCAACAAGAAUCGGUCGGUUGGACCGAACCGAAACCCAUACACAAAAACGGAAGCUCCUUCGUUUCUUUCUCCCGUCCCUUUCCCCGUUUCCCCCCUUUCUUUCUUUCAUUCAGAAAGAAAUCAAAUCACACAACCCCAGGCAAAAAAUCCUAGCACUGUAAGCCUACACCACCGCCGCAAGGAGUGGCAUACUGCCGCGCCCGUCGCACUCAAAGUUUGCCAUUCGUCCGUCUAUCUAGCUUCCUUCGUGAUCCAAGUCUUCAACCCCUGUUCGCUGUCACCGAUCGCGGCUGCUUCCUCGAGCUCGGCGUCCGUCGUCUUUGUCUGCUCAGCCGCGCUUCCGUCGCCGUUUGUUUGCCGUUCACGUUCGCAUCUUCGUUCAGCUGUCGUCUUCGUUCGCGUUCUUCGCCGUUCACGUUCGCUCGGCGUUUACUGCUCGCGUUCACUCGCCGUUCACCGUUCGAGUUUGCAUUCGUGUUCGUCUGGAAGCCACGUUGCUCUGCUUCAAACACUGCGACCAACCCGCACGCUCCACCUAGCCGUCGAACUGCUCUCUUUUGUCGCCGCCGUGAAUUCCCUAAAUCCGCCACUAGACAAUACACUCACACAACACCAAUACUCUGCUUCAAACUCUGCAACUUCUGAUUUCUAUUACAAUAAGCUAACGGUUGCUCUACCACUCGUCACCACUGCCACCUGCGCCUCUUGCUUUCCUUCUCUUCUCUUGGGUUUCUCGGCAAUAACACUUAGAAAAAGAGACAGGAGCAUCGGUAGUUCAGUAGCAGGGGAGAAAAAGAAGAAAUCGGAGAGAAGGGAAGGAAGGCUAGAGGCGCAGGCAAAGGCGGCACUGGUGACGAUGAGAACAAACAAAAUCAGUGGAGACUGGGCAACAAUGGAAUACAAACAAAAUCAGUGAUUGAACCAACCGGAGUAUUGUUCACAUGGUUCAAUCAGUAGGUCAACCGGUUGACCCUGUCACAUGGUUCAAUCAGUAGGUCAACCGGUUGACCCUGUCACACUUAAAUAAAAGUAUAAAAUAGUCAAAAACUUAAAAAUAAAUUUGAAAUAUAUGUCUUCCCUAACAUUGUAAUAACGAUCAAGUCUCAGUUUCUAAACAUAACUAAUACAAAACUUUCAAUUAGCAUUAAACUUACAUUAAAACAAUCAAGUAAAAGUAACAAUCAAAUAUUAAACCUACAUUAAAAGAGGAUGGAAGCAACGGGCUUCUAAUGACGCUGCAAAAAUGUGGUACCUCUAGUAUGAUGGUUCUGCUUGGAUUUGGAGUUUAUGCAGAAGCAUGUUCUUCCAUCACUCAACUUCCAUCACUUAACGGUUUACCCCAUGGUAAUCCCAUACGAUGGCAAGUUGUGCAUCAUUGGGGGGUGGAAUAUGGGUUGAUAUCUACCAUCCAAAAUCAGAAUUUUGGGAAAAAAAAGGGAAGUAGCUGAGAGUGUACACUUACGUCCUCACUCUUGCUUUUUGGGGGAAACCCUCAUUGUGUAUUCUGUUGAUGAUGAUAACAAUCAAUGGCUCAUGUCAUAUGAUUUGAAUGCCAACAUUUGGAGCCCCAUUGAGUGCAAUUUUCUGCCUGCUCGUGAUUACCUACGUAGGAAACUCAUUCGUUUGGGUUGCAGUGAUAAUCUUCUUAUUAUUGACUUUGUCACUAUUUGGUACAUGUAUGACUUGUCUAAGAAGAAACUCGUGGCAAUUGUACAUGUGAAUGAGUUGGAUGAGAUUGAGUUAGUGUCUAAUGUUUUCUGUUGCCCCCACAUAAGCAAAGAAAGUCUGAUUUUUGUCUCCAUUAAUCCAGAUAAAAUGGAUCUUGAGGAAGAGUGUUAUGCCAGAGUCAAUCCCCAAACCGAUGGUAAUUUUUUUGCUGAGGUUGAAUUCAAGGGUAAUCUUAAAGUUGGUCUCUAUAGAAAGCACUAUGUAUAAACAUGCACCUUUCUCGUCUCUCUGAUCUUUCUAUUAUUAUACUGUCUUAAACUUAAUUAAUUCAUGACCCUAUCCAUUGUGGACAGAUUUGUUAGUGUAGACCAAGACAUUAAAAAGGGAAGACCACUGUAGCAUAGAUGUUGCUGUGACAUCUUAGGAAUAUGUUAUCUUGAACAUAUUGACCAAGACAAUAUGAAUUGCUAAAAAUUAACCACUAUCCAGUAGCAUAAUUCAUUUUUGGAGUGGCCUAUUUACAA